AUGUCCGCCCCCUCCUUACCGACUUCCUCCUCGUCCGCCCCGAUUGCGCCGGCGCGCGCACAGACGGCAAAACCGCGCAAGUUCAAGUCCAUGCAGGCGUACUUGAAGCACAAGCGCGGAGAGGGCUCACCGCCGCCUUCACCAUCGCCUUCGCCGCCGCCGCCGCCACCACCCUCAUACUCUUCAGCGCCAAUCUCAUCCACGUCCCCAACGCCUUCGCGCGCCGCCAGCCGUGUUUCAUCAGGUGGAACCACGGCAACCCACCCUCCGAAAUCUGGGCCGUCGUUCGACCCUGCACCCUCGGGUCCGACCAUCUUGCCCAAUGGCUUCGCGUACCACCCGUCGGCGUCCACCUCCGCAAUCAUGCUACCUAACGGCCUCGCGUAUCACCCCUCGCGAAGCAUUGCCGCGAUCGAGGUUGAGACACGCGCAGCGGUCGCAGUCGCCAGUGCCGAGGCGCGUCGACGGGACCGGAGCAUCAUGAAAAGCGCGGAUGCGGCUGCGCUUUUCGAGGAGAGAAUGGCGCUACACCGCGAACGCAAGGAGCUGGAAGCACACCGGCAGGAGAUUGAGCAGCGCGAGGCGGCACUCCUAUCCGCACGCCGCGAUCUCAAGCGCCGGCGGCGUGAGUUGUGCGACGACGAGGCGGCCGACAUCGCCAUCAUUCAGGAUCAGGGUGAUGCCUGCGCGCGCCAAGUCCGCAAGGUUAUGCGCGCAUCUAAGCGGGCGGAUGCUCCUUCCACCUCCGCUGCCGCCGCCCUCGACGACGAUGACGACGAGCUCUCGAAUGACGAGGAGGACGAGCGCCGCGCCAAGCUGAUUCGCGCGGUGAAGCAGGAGUACGAGGAGACCGGUGUCCCUCCGCCCGUCCUGUUCGACGCACGAGACAUGCGCGACAUCGAGCGGUACGACGGCCCCGACAACGAGAAUGUCGAUCCGGAAGGGGAUGCGUACAAGAUCUUGGGCAAGCGGAACGUGGAAGAGGACGCGGGCGUAGCGUCUAUGGACGUGGAUGAAGGCCCGUCCCGUCAACCCUUGGCGCUCGACAGAGCUCCGUCGACACGGGCGAUCGAGCCGGACGCUCGCUACUCUCCCCCUCGCCGAGUGGAACCACCCUCGCAUCUUCAGGGCCUAACUGGCAUGGAAAAGGGUGUGCAUUUCGAGCUCUACCGCGAUCAAGACCCCACGCGCGAGUCCAAGUACCUGCGGGCGAUCGUCGAACACAUCCGCCCCCCCCUGCCUGUCAAGCCGAAGCCGCAGGUUCGCGACCCGACCGUGGUCCUCGACAACUGCAACAUCCCCCGCACCGUCUUCCAGGUGGGCAAGCGCUCACUGACAGAUGGAAAAUUUCUGUACCGUGUUCUAGGAUUCACCGAAAGCGAACGGUUCAUGGUCGCUAGCCCCAACGCCGCCUUCUUGCCUCACGUCCCGGACCCCGACGUUGUACAGCGCAUACGUAUGCGCGCGGACCGUCGGUUCGGGUCAGAGGACAUCACCCUUGUGCCCACCUACUUCCUCCCCAACUACGCGCCUCACCUCGCCUGCAUCCCCGCGCGGCCCCUCUCCAUCCACCAUCCCUCGCAAAUUAUGUGGAUGGAGCCGGAGAAGCUCAUCGAGAAGCUGUCCGACAAGUUGCGAGACGACCACAAUGCCUAUGUCUUGACGGCCCCCGCUGCCGAUCAAUUCCAUCGCGUCAUCCUGCCCGUGUGCAAGCGCGCCGGUCGCUAUCUCGACCUUUGCGCGCAGGCAGGCAAGAUGCCCAUUGUUUGGACGCGCGGCCUCAAGAUUGCGCUCGGCCACAUCUUCGGCUAUCUCAAGCACAUUCCCGCCCCCCGCGAGCGCGCGCUGCUGAUGGUCCGCGAGCUGCAACGCUUAUGGCUGGAGCUCAAGGGCAUGGUCAAUUUCGUGUACGACAUCCAGCCCAUCCUCACCGGCACUGUCGACCAGCCCGAGGUCGUGACGACGCAGUGGUACAUUGGCGCCGCCACGUGCGACCCUAGGGAUGUACUUGGUCUCCAACGCGCGGGUGUGCCGGUCUGGCACGUUAUGGAAUUUGACUUCGCCGCCCGGGAGGUCCUGCUUUCGAAGCACGGACGCGGUAGACCUGCUGCGCGCCAACUCGUCAAGAUGUACACCCCCGAGCAGAUGGCUGAGACGGGCCGCCACCCCGGCAAUCUCCCCUACAUCUUUGAAGGCCUUCCCACCGAUCCAAGCCGGCUGAAGCAGAUUCACCGGUACACGAACCUCGCCCUUUCGAUCUCCCCAGCCUACCAAGACGACCUGGCCCAGGUAGCGGGCCGUGACCCUUACGCGCACCCCGCCAUCAGUAAUCGCGUGUACGGGACAUCGCGCCUGCGCCCGCUCGAGUAUUUGCAGGCUGGAGGAGAAGGCUCAGGUGGCGAACGGCGCCGCAUCCCGCCGGAGGAGGUGAAGCGCGACAUGCCGGUGGUCGACUUGCAACAGGUCGACACUGCUUUCGAGGAUGGGGAUGCGCCACCCGCCGGUGCCUUCGACUUCGUCGAGGACCACAACCCAUUCGCCGAGGACGACAGCGCGCCCAUGAACAGCGACAUGUCCUGCUCCACUACGCGCGAAUCGACGGCGUCGAAGACACUGGCCUCUAACGUGCCGGCGUGCGCCGCGGCAUCGACAUCUUCACCGGCCUCGCCUUCGACAUCAAGUACCACUUCGGCAGGAGCUGCGGCCUCGAAGGCAGCGGCGUCGACAUCCGUCUCGCCCAUUGCGAGCUCCACAGCGCCGCCCCCGCCGCCGAAGUCAAUGCCGGGACCAUCCGGGGAUGUGCAGUGGGUGCAGUCAGAGGGCGGUGGGCUAUUCAAGGCCACCGGGGCGAUCUACCGGCCCGUAGGAGUACACGGCGUGCCGCGCUUGCGCGACCUCUCAAGGCAUCACAGAAGCGAUCUUCCCAUCAUGCCGCGCGUGUGGCGAGAUGCGAGGGACGAGGUGCAGGACAAUUGGCGGCAUGAUGGCGCAGAGAAGGGGGAUAGGUUCCGCACAUUCCCCCUACCCGAUGUCAUCGUGGGGAGCACCUCGGAGGCCAAGAUUGCGCGCUUCUAUCAGGUCUGGGUGACCUUGGAAGGUGCCGCCAUUGAGAACGCACGCAAGGUGCCCCGCGACCCGCAGGUCUUCCAGCGACAUUCGGCAGGCAUGACUUGGGUCCAACCCGAGGGGCAGGCGUGGGUGGCCCGUCGCGAGGACCUUGUCAGGGUGGAGGAGUCGUCCGCGACGCCCGACAUCUCCAAUGAACCCUGCCUGGCUGCAAGUGCCCAGGAGUGGAAGGACGUGCUCAACGCCCAUACGACCUUCCGCGCCGUUGGAGAGAACCGCCAGGCCUUCCUCAUGGCGAAGGUUCGCGAGAUCUUUGGCGCGACGAUCAACUUCGACAAGGUCCUGGCCUCCCUCAGCCAGCCAUACAUCGCCCUCGGCGAGGUAUGCACCUCUGCCCGCCCGCCCUCUCGCGAGAUUGCCAGGGGCAUCCUGUGGCGCCUGCAAGAGCUGAUCUUUCGCAAGGACCUGACAGAUCUCGACCGCCGCCUACGCCUCAUCUUCAUCACACGGGCCGAGGAGCACCAGCGCCUUCGCAUGGUCUUCGCGCGCGAGACGUAUGGCGCGGACAUCCUCAGCAUCUACGGCGAGGGCGAGAGGGAUCAGGGCCUUGUCGCGCAGGACUGGAUGGAGCGGUACCCGUACGUGGUGGCCUUAGCCGACCUCAUGCUGGACUGGGACGAGCCCCUUCCCCGCCGCGUGCGCGACGUCCUCCGCACCCCCCGCUUGUCGCAGCGCGAGUUCGAGUGGAUGGAGAAGAAGGUCAUCCAGCACUAUGCGGCGAUGCUCUUUGCACACUUCCACCGCAAGGUCGUGGGCCCCGCGCGUCGUUCUGUUGCUACCUCGAAGCUCCGUUGUUGA